AUGCGAGCUGCUACCGAGGCUGCAAAAGCUGCUACCGAGACUGCACAAAGGAUGGAGAGGGAGAUGAAUGCUUGGAAGGAAUUUAUGAUGAAGAAAUUUGACACUUCAACUUUUCUAGCUCCUACUUUGGAAGAAGUCGAGAGGAUCGUGGGUCUCAAGUUGAAAGAUUUUAAUCCGUUUCCAAAGCUCGAAGAAGAUAUGGGCCCAAAGAAGAUAACUUCGGCCCUAAGUAUCAAUGUCUCGACUGUUCGAGACAAUUGGGCUGAAAAAGGGGGUUGCAAAGGUUUUGCCGCGAUGUUUUUGGAAGAUUUAGCUCUAAAGUUCAAGAAAAGUGGAAAUUGGAAUGCAUUCUAUGUUGUGUUGGCUUUAUUGAUCCAUGGGAUUGUGCUCUUCCCAAAUGUUGAAAAAUUUGUGGAUCAAGUGGCCAUUGAAGUCUUUCUCUCUGGCAAUCCAGUACCAUUUCUCUUAGCUGACGUUUACUAUGCCCUUCACGCUCGACAUGAAAAGAGGGGUGGAGUGUUGUUGUGUUGUGCUCCGUUGCUUUACACUCGGUUCAUGCAACACAUGCCCGAAGAAGGUCCUUUUGUGGCAAAAGAACUUAAGUCUCCCCAGAAAUUAGCUUCUCUCACCGCAAGUUCCAUCAGAUGGUAUAUCCGAGAGUGGGAAACCCCAGACAUUAUAGGUUGCAUCAACUAUAACCCUAUGUUAUCUCGAUUACAACACGGUUACUCCAUGGAUGGUCCUCCUGACGCAAAGGACUUACAGCCAUUUGUGCUCUCUGACAUCCAAGCAAGCAAUCCUGAUGUAAGAGCAGUACGAAAGGCUUGGUUAAAGGUUGUAAGAAUGGGUAAAGAGUUUGGAAAGAGAAACAUUCUUGCCAAAGAACCUUACACGCAAUGGGUGAAAGAAAGAGUUGAGAAAAUCCAGUUGCCAUAUAUCUUAAAGGCUCCAGCUUUUCCUAAAACUCCUGAGCCCGAGCCCAUACUCCCUGAGGACAUGGAGAAACUCGUUACUAAUUUUAAGGAGCUCGAAGUGUAG